AUGCACACAGCAGCAGCAGCAGCAGCAGCAGCAGCACAUGCAGCAGCACCAGCAGGAACAGCAGAUGAUGAUGAUGAUCAUGAUGCAGCGGCAGAUGCAGCAGCACGUGGAACACAUAAAGCAGCAGCAGUAGCAGCACAACCUGCAGCAGAUGUAGAUGCAGCAGGAGCAGCAGAACAUGCAGCAGCAACAGCAGAUGCAGCAGCAACAGCAGAUGAUAUAGGAGGAGCAGAAACAUAUACAACAGCAGUAACGGAAAGAACAGCAGCAGCAGUAGCAGCUGUAGCAGUAACUGCAGCAGCAGUAGCUCCAGCAGCAACAGCAGCAAAUGUAGAAGUAGCGUAUGCAGCAGGAAGAGCAGAAGCAGCAGAUGCAGCAGCAGCAGCAACAGCAGCAUCAGCACGAACAGCAGCAGCAAUAGAUCCACAAACAGGAGACAAGGGAGAGAGACAGACAAAACAAAAGGAGACGAAAGAGACAGACAGACAAAGCAAAAGGAGACAAAAGAGAAAGAGAGAGAAAGCAAAAGGAGACAAUGAAAAGGAGACAAAAGAGACAAAUGAGACAGCGAUAAAACCCUCAGAAAGGAGACAACAAGAAGCGUAA